CCCCGAGGCCGCCGCCCGCCAUGCUGCUCUCCAAGUUCGGCUCGCUGGCGCACCUGUGCGGGCCCGGCGGCGUGGAGCACCUGCCGGUGAAGCUGCUGCAGCCAGCCCGGGCCGACAGGGAGAGCUUCGAGAAGCUGUACCAGCUGGGCGCCGUGCUGGGCAGUGGCGGCUUCGGCACGGUCUACGCGGGCAGCCGCCUGGCCGACGGGCUGCCGGUAGCCGUGAAGCACGUGCUGAAGGAGCGGGUGACCGAGUGGGGCAGCCUCGGCGGCACGGCCGUGCCCCUGGAGGUGGUGCUGCUGCGCAAGGUGGGCGCGGCGGGCGGCGCGCGCGGCAUCAUCCGCCUGCUGGACUGGUUCGAGCGGCCCGACGGCUUCCUGCUGGUGCUGGAGCGGCCCGAGCCCGCGCAGGACCUGUUCGACUUCAUCACGGAGCGCGGCGCGCUGGCCGAGCCGCUGGCACGCCGCUUCUUCGCGCAGGUGCUGGCUGCUGUGCGCCACUGCCACGCGUGUGGCGUGCUGCACCGCGACAUCAAGGACGAGAACCUGCUGGUGGACCUGCGCUCCGGGCAGCUCAAGCUCAUCGACUUCGGCUCGGGCGCGCUGCUCAAGGACACGGUCUACACCGACUUCGACGGCACCCGCGUGUACAGUCCCCCCGAGUGGAUCCGCUGCCACCGCUACCACGGGCGCUCGGCCACCGUGUGGUCCCUGGGGGUGCUGCUCUACGACAUGGUCUGUGGGGACAUCCCCUUUGAGCAGGACGAGGACAUCGUGCGCGGCCGCCUCUUCUUCCGGAGGCGCGUCUCGGCAGAGUGCCAGCAGCUCAUCGAGUGGUGCCUGUCGCUGCGGCCCUCGGAACGGCCAACGCUGGACCAGAUCGCCGCGCACCCCUGGAUGCUGGCGGCCGACGGGGCUGCCCCUGAGAGCUGCGACCUGCGGCUUGGCGCCCUGGAUGCCGACGACGGGGCCAGCACCACGUCCAGCAGCGAGAGCUUGUGAGCAGGGGCCUGCCUGGGCCGCGGGAGCCCGGGAGCGACUCAGGCGGCCGUCCCACGAGGCCCACGUCCCACGAGGCCCACACGCGGGCUCCCGGGCCCCUCAGUCCUCACCCCUGCGAGCCUCUCCUCUGCUUUCAGUGCCUUCUGACCGCUGCUCCGGGACUGGGUCAGCCCCGCGCUGCUCCCGCAGCGGCCGUGCACGCUGGACGCCAGACCCCUUCUCCGCUGCUGGGCUGGUGGGCGGCCUUGCUGCCUAUGUGGCCAGGAGCUCUCCUGGUCCGUCACUGGGCGUGUGCCCACCAUUGCCCUCCAGUCCAGUGGCAUUCCGGGCACGACUGUGCACAAACAAUGCAAUAUCCGGGCCUCGCUGCCCGGUGGCCAUGCGUGGCCUGUCUGCACGUGUCCACGUGUUAUUUAUAGUGUGACCCCACGGAGCGCAUCCUGGCCCGCGGGGCUAUUUAUUAUUUAAUUUAUUCUUGGGGCUGCUUCCUCAAGUAGCCUGCCUCCUCCAGGCCCCUGGGGGUGGCUUCCUGUCCCCCAGCCCACAGUGGCUAAUU